AUGCCGCACGUGGAGAUGCUGCUGCUGGCGGCUGCGGCGCUGUGGGUGUGCGUGCGCGGGCAGGAGCCCGGCGCCAAGGCAGUGGCCGACCGCUACGCUGUCUACUGGAACAGCACCAACCCCAGGUUCCAGCGUGGCGACUACCACAUUGAUGUCUGCAUCAAUGACUACCUGGAUGUGUUUUGCCCUCACUAUGAAGACUCAGUGCCGGAAGAUAAGACCGAACGCUAUGUUCUGUACAUGGUGAACUUUGAUGGCUACAGCUCCUGCGAUCACACGUCCAAAGGGUUCAAGAGGUGGGAGUGUAAUCGGCCACAUUCCCCAAAUGGACCGUUGAAGUUCUCAGAAAAGUUCCAGCUCUUCACACCCUUCUCACUAGGAUUUGAGUUCAGGCCAGGCCGGGAAUAUUUCUACAUCUCAUCUGCAAUCCCAGAUAAUGGAAGGAGAUCCUGUCUAAAGCUUAAGGUCUUUGUGCGACCAGCAAACAGCUGUAUGAAAACUAUAGGUGUUCAUGAUCGUGUUUUCGAUGUUAACGACAAAGUAGAAAAUUCAUUAGAACCAGCAGAUGAUACCGUACAUGAGUCAGCCGAGCCAUCCCGUGGUGAGAACGCGGCACAGACACCAAGGAUACCCUGCCAGCUUUUGGCAACUCUAUUGUUCCUCCUGGCAAUGCUUUUGAUAUUAUAGCACAGUAUGCUUCAGCAACCUGUCGCAGAAAAUAUCAGGGUCUUGGAACAUCAGAGAUCCACCUAACUGCUCAUCCCAGGAAAGGGACUUUAUUGUUUUUGCAGAUGUCAAAUAGUUAUUCUUCCCUUUUCUUCUCCCUUUUAGCCUGAACUCAGCAAAAAUUUGAAGGGGAUAACUAGCUUCAGCACCUGUCCCUACCUACCGUGUGACUUUCUUAACCCCUCCAUAUAAAUAAAAGGACUCCAAAUGAAAAUGCCAAACUAUAAUAGUGACACUAGUGAUUCUUAUUUUCCUCUGCAUUCUCCUUUAAGAAGUCACUUCUGUUAGCUUACUGUGUCAUCCAUAAGUGGAUGAGGAAGAAUAGUGGCAGAUGCAAUCAGUGAAGGAUAAGGAAAGUGAUUGAAAGCCUGGGAGUUUUUCUCUCUGACACAAUAUUUAUGCCUUCUCAUUCAGCACAGUAAGAUGAUCGUGCAAGGCAUCAUGUCACCAUGUCAGGACUGGAGGGGAAGUAUCAAGAAGAGAUAUAAUGUAACACCAUUUCCUCCAGGAGUUUCUAGAUGAACAGGCUUCUAAAGGGAAGGACAGUGUUUCUUAUAGGACUGUCUUGAAACAUCUUUGACAGUAAAAUUUGUGCUCUUGAGUAGAAAUACUGUCUUUGGUCAGAGGAAAAAGUUAGUAUUUAGGAAUGUUAGCACACAGCAGGCAAGGUAAGGUUUAGGAAACUUCACUGGGAGUAUGAGUGCCUCUGUUAUUUCGUUUUAAGGGGAUAAUGCACACCGGAUUAUUUUAUUUUAAAGCAAAUCACCGUGGUGCUACAAUUUUUUUCUUGAAAUGCAGAGGCACUUUUGAGAAUAAAGUGACCUUCCCCAGCGCUGACUUCAUAGCUGAUAGCCUUGGAUGCUGCUCUGGGUGUUAAUACAUGCUAAGAGAGGACAUCAGUGGUCAGAGGAAACACAUUUGAGACACAGGCUCUCCAGUGUGCUCUUGAUUUGUCUCUCCUGCAAGUUUCUCAGUCAUGGGAAUAAACCACAUCUAGAAGAAGCAAGGACAGUGUAGUAGCAUUGUUUGGUGAGGAGAGAAAAGAAGUGUGGAAUAUGAAUUCUAGUGUUGAUUUUUUUUAUCUUUUCCCCUUUCAACACAGUUUGAAGAGUAGAGGAAGUGUGUUUAUCAUCCAGAGAUAAACCAGUUGGGCUCCCAAAGACUUAACAAGAUAUUUUUUUAAAAAUCCACUAGAAUAGAAAAUACGUUAUUUAGAUAUACUUUAUGCUGAGAGUGAUUAUAUAUGCUUGUCCUGUUUAAACACGUGAGAGAAGUGGUAACCCUUGAUGCAAUUAGGAAAUGGGACUGUCUUGUUUGAUGGAGUGACCUGAUGGAUUUUUUGAUGGAUUCCUGCUUAAGGAAUCUGAGCCUUGACUAAUGUAGAACUUUAAAAAGUUACUUGCCAGGAAGUGCAAGCCUUGGGGUGUUUUUUGGCUAGGCUGCCAUGAAAUUUUGACUGCUGAGCAUAAUCAGAGAAAUAUCAGACUGAGACCAAAACAAAGCUUUUGUAACAAAUGAUAAUUAUGUUAAACGUGGAAGAAAAACAUGGAGCACAUUGAGGUGAAAUAAAGGGUUUGUGUAUUAAUUCCGAAGAUGAAGUCUGCCAUUUCAAAAUUGAGUGAUGCCUUUAAUGCACUUUGUGGGCUUUUUUUUUCAUGAAGAAAAGCUUUCCAGAAGUUAAAGCAGCCCACGAUUCAAAAUAGGAGGAAAGGGAGGAAAUAAAUUUUAAGAUGUUAAGAAAGAUUAAUGCAUGCUAAACUAUGAUCUGGGCUUGCCCGAUACUAUGUAACACUGUCAUUAAUAGGGGGUGUGUGCUUACAGGAACAAUUUAGGAAAUUUCUUCUACUGUGAAGUGCACACAAUAAAGAUACCCAAUCUAAACCACAAGGAAAGUCAUCAUCUCAUUACAGACUAUUUGAUAAUACUCUUUAGCGUGGAUGUGAUUGGUACACACACUAAUACUUCCUGUAGGUAGGAAUGGAAAAGCUUUGUAUGAGAUGGGCUUAAUCCAAAUGCACUUUAUCAAACGGAUUACAAACCAGAGUAUAGAUAAAAUUGCAUGAUAGGUCACCAUAUUUAAAUGAUUCAUAGCAAUUGCAGGCACUCAUACCAGUAGCGGCAAUUUAAUGUGGAAAUAGUGACUUCAUAUUUUCAUCUUUUGUCUCUGAACGAUGUUGGAAUUCAAGAUGUACAUUUAUCCACAACAAAGGAUUUUCACUAGUGUUACUCUGGAAGAAAUUCACCCCUUUGUUUUACCUUUGUUUUGGCAUGCUGGGUAGUUAGGGAAAGACGGACACCCGUGUGGCCUGCGUGGGGUGGCUGGAAGUGGGACAGGCACCGCCAGUGUGGUGCUGAUGACAUCAGGCAAACCCAGUCAUACUGAGUACAUAGAUUCUGAUGGGCUUUGCAUUGCAUUGCAAAUCUCUAUAUGCUUUCAAUUCAGAUGUUAGUGCAAAUUAAGGAGGCUUCUGCUCCUUUCCCCUUCAUCUGCCCCAGCUCCAGUCUGAGGGACUGGUUCUCCCUUGGCCUUGGUGGCUCACUUACCCUCAUGGCCUGCACUUCUGUCUGCCAAGGGCAUCAUGGUGUGAAGCGGGGAAAAUAGGGAUCAGUCAGUUCAGUGGAUACUGUGUAUCCUUUAAUAGACAAGGUAGCAUUUCAUGUUAGUUUAGAAUAUUGUUUUGUACUGUACUUAUUUGGAUGGCAAAGGAAAGACAAGUAAAACUUAAAACUAUGUUCUUUAAAUUCUGUAUUAUUAGCAACCUCUGUUGUAUAUAAUGUUUGAUAAUAAAGUAUUAAUUUGAUUCUUAUGUCUUUUGUAAGUGAGAACAAUAGACUUUCAGGAUAUUAAAAACACGCGUUGAUUACAAGACAGAGCUUUGAAGCAUCAAGUGUGAUCAUGGCUCAGAACUGAGAGACAAGUGGCCAUGACACUGCAGCAUACAGGACUCAUCUUUGAAAAUUGUUCAUCUAUUACAAGACUUCACAAUGUCAAGCCCUGGAACAACACGACUUUUGAUUCUCAAUGUUUUGUCCUCAGUGUUUAAAGGUCUGAUGUUGGAGCUCUACGAUUUCUGUGUUAGCCUUUGUUCUUUUGUAUCAUGUUUGUUUCUAAAAAGACU